ACUCACUUCCCUUCUGAAACUUUCAAAAUUUCAGCGGAAAAAUGGGCUUGUCUCCUGCCGCUGUGCUGAUUUUUCUCUUAUUAGGAGUUUCCCAAACAUAUGCAGCAUUCUCCUGCAAGGAUCAGUCGGGAAACGAUGUUGACUGGUUCGCAGUGUACAAAAUGCCAAUCGAAAAAGAUGAUGGAUCAGUGACAGGAUUGGCAGGUGGAGUUGCAUGGUACUACGUGGAUGUGAAUAAAAAGGGAACUUUGACUCCUUCUGCUAAAACUCUCGACGACAACGACCAAGCAAUUGCAUACACACUCCAACAAUACUAUGACAAGCAGAAUGACAAGACCAUCUUCCACGUGAUGUACAAUGAUGAGCCAUGGGGAUCAAAGUCGACAAGUGGAAUUAAAUUGGAAGAGAUUCUGAGCAACAGAGUUUAUAGCAACUAUACUCAUGAAGAUGACAGUACUUCAACCGCAUUCGGACAUACUAAGGGAACCAUUUUCUUUGAUGGAACUUCUGGAGUCUGGUUGGUGCACAGUGUGCCAUUGUUCCCAAAUCCCACGAAAUACGAGUAUCCAGUCAGUGGACACGACUAUGGACAGACAAUGCUUUGCAUGACAUUUAAGUACGCUCAAUUGAAGUCUAUUGGAACUCAACUUUUCUUCAAUCGACCAAAUAUAUAUUCUUCGAAUCUUCCAACGAACAUGGCUGCUGACAAUGCAGAUUUGGCUAAAGCAAUCGCUGGACAAUACCAAAAAGGACAGCCAUUCCAAAGCGUUAUUGAGUUGGAGACUAUGGCUGGAUAUUCGUUUACUAAUUUUGCCAAGUCGAAGGAAUUCAAUGCAGAUCUAUACGAUACUCUUGUGGCUCCAACACUGAAAACAGAUUUGGUCGUUGAAACAUGGAGACGUGGAAGUGAGAUCCCACUUGACUGCAAACUAACCUACCACGCCAAUGAUGCUCUGUCAAUUCACGUUGGUAGUACAACCGCGUUCUCAUACACCAAAGACCACUCGAAAAUGGCUCACUCAGCUGAUAUGACAAAGCCGUGGGUGUGCAUCGGAGAUAUCAACCGAAUGACAUCUCAAUAUGUACGCGGAGGAGGUACUACUUGUAUCAGCAGCUCGUUCCUUUGGAAAGCCUACAGUGUAAUUGCAACCCAAAAUAAUUGUGCAUAAAAUUACAUCUAUGUACUUUUGAUUAUCUACAAAUAAAUAUGAUUGAUGUACUUCUUAAAAAAUUAGUGUGACAGAAUUCC